GCCGAGGACCUGGGGAUUGGAGGCUCGCCCGGCCGCUCCGUGCUAUAUCACUCGGGCACCCACGUCACUGCAGCACUUGUACUCCUCUUCCUCCCUCCUCCUCUUCUUCCUCCCUCCUCCCUCCUCCUCCUCCUCCUCCUCCUCCGUCUCCUCCAUCGCCUCCGGGCGACUCUUCGCCGCGAAGCGCUGCGGAAACCCACCCAAGGAGCGGCGGCGAAAAAAAAACCCCGGCCCCGGCGGUGCCCCCUCCCUUCCUCCCUCCCUCCUCUUCCUCCUCCUCCAGCGGCUCCGACGGAGGGAGCGCGGCAGAGGGGAGGGAGGGCUGGCGACUUUUUUUUUUUUUUUUUUUUUGGAUUGCUCUCUCUCUCUCUCUCUCUGCGUCGUCGUUUGUUGUGUCUGUUAAAUUUUAAACUGCCAUGCACUCCACUUCCAGUAUGCUGGGAGCGGUGAAAAUGGAAGGCCAUGAGCACACGGACUGGAGCAACUACUACGGGGAGCCCGAGAGCUACUCCUCGGUGAGCAACAUGAACGCAGGGCUGGGCAUGAACAGCAUGAACACGUACAUGACCAUGUCGGCCAUGAGCACCACGGCCAACAUGACGGCAGCCACCUCCAUGAACAUGUCCUACGCCAACACGGGCAUGAGCCCUUCACUCGCUGGCAUGUCCCCAGGUGCGGGGGCCAUGGCCGGCAUGGGCUCGGCCGGUGUGGCGGGGAUGGGUGCCCACCUGAGCCCCAGCAUGAGCCCCAUGGGAGGCCAAGCGGGCUCAAUGAACGCCCUGGCCCCCUACACCAACAUGAAUUCCAUGAGCCCCAUCUACGGGCAGUCCAACCUCAACCGUUCGCGGGACCCCAAGACGUACCGGCGGAGCUACACGCACGCCAAGCCCCCCUACUCCUACAUCUCGCUCAUCACCAUGGCCAUCCAACAGUCUCCCAACAAGAUGCUGACGCUGAGCGAGAUCUACCAGUGGAUCAUGGACCUCUUCCCCUUCUACCGCCAGAACCAGCAGCGUUGGCAGAACAGCAUCCGCCACUCGCUUUCCUUCAACGACUGCUUCCUCAAGGUGCCCCGCUCCCCGGACAAGCCGGGCAAAGGCUCCUUCUGGACGCUGCACCCCGACUCGGGCAACAUGUUUGAGAACGGCUGCUACCUGCGGCGCCAGAAGCGCUUCAAGUGUGAGAAGCAGUUGGCGACCAAGGACGGCGGCGGGGGCAAGAAGGGGCCGGGGCAGCCCCCCAGCCAGCCACUGGGAGAGGGCAGCUCCUCGGGGGGCUCCGAGGGCUCGGCAGGCGCCGAGUCACCGGCGAGUGCCUCGCCGUGCCGGGACCACAAGCGCGCCCUGGCCGAGUUGAAGGGUGCAGCGGCGGGGCCGAGCCCCGGGGAGCCGUCGGCGGCCUCUCCGGCUCAGCACCUGCUGGCUCCGCCGCACACCGGGCUGCCCCACGACGCCCACCUCAAGCCCGAGCACCACUACGCCUUCAACCACCCCUUCUCCAUCAACAACCUGAUGUCGUCCUCCGAGCAGCAGCACCACCACCACCCGCACCACCACCACCACCCCUCGCACAAAAUGGACCUCAAGGCCUACGAGCAGGUGAUGCACUACUCGGGCUACGCCUCGCCCGUGCCCGCCAGCCUGGCCAUGGGGCCCGUAACGAACAAAAACCCAUUGGAGUCCUCCCCUUUGGCCGGAGAGACUUCUUACUACCAAGGUGUGUAUUCCCGGCCCAUCAUGAACUCCUCCUAAAGGCAAAGGGGGAAAACCCCCCCCCGCCCCGCGCGGUCCCCCAGCAGCGUGAUGGACUGUGAGCGCUGCCGAGCACGGUACCUACCCAUAUAGCUAUCUAUCUAUUUUUUGUUUUGAUCCCUGCAGGCUCCAGGUGGUUGCAUCCACUCGGGGAGCAGCAGGGUGCACCUCGUGUGCCACCCCCUAACCCUGACCCUGCGGUCCCCUUGGUUUGCCUUGCGGGGUGGUUCAGUUUGGUGGGAGGGAGGUGUAGGGGAGAGGGAUUUUUCUGUUGGGGCUGGUUUAUUAUUUUUUUCGUUGUCGUCGUUGCAAGGAGGUCUAAAUAUAUCUAUUUUUUUGUGUGGAAGUGAUGAGGAAAAGGAAAAAAAACAAAAACAAACAGACGAAAACGGACGCAAAGAAAACGAAGCCCUCGUUUGGUGGGAAAUCCAUGCGAGUUUGGGAUCUGAGGAUGGAAAGUCUUGUAAAAUUGUACAAAGGGGGAGGGGGAAAAAAAAAAAAAAAAAAAAAGCAAAAAAAAAAAAAAAAAGCGGAAAAAAAAAAAAAGUCAGGAUAGAUCGUUGUAAUUGAAACAAACACUUGAUGUUACCGGGAGAGUAAACUACUUGGAUCUGAUUAAUUUAUCGUUUCUGUAUGCUUUAUUUAUGGCUUAUAAAUGUGUAUUCUGGUAGCGACUAGCCAGGUUGCCACAGAACUCUAUUAAAGUGUUAUUGGCGGUUUUUU